CAUGUGAUAAAUGCUGCAGAUAAUUUGGUAUCGCACUGACGCUCCGGGCACUCCUGAUGUCCGGAUCAUUAGUGCGAUUCCAAAUUAUUAGCUGCGUUUAUCACGUGGUCUCAUUAUUGGCCAAACAGACGCCGCCUAUCAUAUGCGCCACAUGCAUGCAGACGGGUAGCUCGGAGGGUUAAAAUCUAAUUUCUACACGUUCGUAUGGGUCUUCAUUGAUGGCAAAUUUCGUCGAAAUGACACAUCCUGAACAUGCGGACGGGCAAAUUUAGAUUUCUAGAUAUGCAAAUUUACCUGUAAUCAUACAACUUGUUUGAGUGGCCAGAUACUUGUUAAUGAUUUGAUCGUCUGAAGUGGUGGGCGGAGUCCUGAGGCAGAAUGAGGGGGGUUGACGCUGAGCAGCUUGCUAAGCUACAGGAGAAUCCUGCCAACAUCCGCAACAUUUGCAUCUUGGCACAUGUUGACCAUGGCAAAACCACAAUGGCUGACGCCCUUAUUUCGAGUAACGGGAUCAUCUCGUCACGCAUGGCAGGGAAGCUGCGUUAUCUGGACAGUCGACAGGAUGAACAACUACGGGGUAUCACCAUGAAAUCAAGUGCAAUAUCGCUUCGCUUCAACCAAGGUGACCAGGACUUCCUGAUCAAUUUGAUUGACUCCCCAGGUCACGUGGACUUCUCUGGUGAGGUAUCCACGGCAACCAGACUGUGUGAUGGCGCCCUCGUUGUUGUUGAUGUGGUUGAGGGGGUGUGUCCUCAGACCCAUGUAGUCCUGCGCCAGGCCUGGUCCGAGCAUAUCACCCCUUGCCUGGUCCUCAACAAGAUAGAUCGUCUCGUCACGGAGCUCAAGUACACACCGCUAGAAGCCCACCUACGACUGCAGCAGGUGCUGGAGCAGGUGAACGCCGUGGUGGGCAACCUGUUUGCUUCAGGAGUCCUGGAACAAGCUACACUAAGAGAUACUGAGAAAACAGCGCAGGUGUCGGACUUGGAAGGUCCCAGGCCCAACGAGGAAAAGAUGGUGUAUGACUGGAGCGAUGGCUUGGAGGAAACAGACGAUUCCAAUAUUUACUUCUCCCCUGAUCAAGGCAAUGUCAUCUUUGCAAGUGCUAUCGAUGGCUGGGGCUUUGGAAUUGACCAUUUUGCUACCAUGUACGCAGCCAAGCUGGGUGUGAGGGUUGAAAUCCUUCGCAAGACACUCUGGGGAGAUUUCUUCUUGAAUGGCAAGACCAAACGGAUCAUGAAAGGGGCACAGGCGAAGGGGAAGAAGCCGCUAUUUGUGCAGUUUAUUCUUGAGAACCUGUGGUCCCUCUAUGAUACUGUGCUGGUCAAGAGGGACAAGGAGAAAAUGCUGAAGAUUAUUGACUCCUUGAACUUGAAGAUUGCGGCCCGCGACCUACGACACAAUGACCCCAAAGUGCAUCUACAGGCAAUCUGUGGACAGUGGCUGCCCCUGUCCCAAGCUGUGCUUUCCAUGGUAUGUCAGAAGUUACCCGGCCCAUUGCAGGUGGAUAGUGUGAGGAUUGAGAAGCUCAUGUGCGGUGGUGGCAGACGGUUUGACACGCUGCCCCCUCAAUCACAGCAGCUGAAAUCCGCCUUCCAAGAGUGCAGGAGUGAAGAGGAUGUGCCGGUCAUUGUCUACAUCUCCAAGAUGUUUGUCAUUGAUAACAUGUCCCUGCCCCGAAACAAGCAAAGGCCUCUGGGAGAGGAGGAGCUACUCCAGAGGCGGGAGGAUGCCAGAAAAAGACACACCCUGAGGGUAGCCAAUCAGCAACAGGAUACCAAACUUGAGAACCAAUCAGAAAUGUCAAAAGAAUCUUUAGAGACUGGUACGAUACUACUCAGCGAAACAACAUCUGAAGAAAAGGCGGAGGAAGAAGGAGAGACCUUUUUAGCAUUUGCCAGAGUCUUCAGCGGACGGAUACGCAAAGGCCAGAAGCUGUACGUCCUCAGUCCGAAACAUGAUCCAAUGAAAGCAUUGAACAGGGAGAACGGUGCUUUAGGAGACCAAACAGUGAAUGAGUUAUCUGGGCACAGUCUGACUGAGUUUGAAGUGAAGGACCUGUAUUUACUAAUGGGCAGGGAGCUGGAGCCAAUGGAGAGUGUACCAGCAGGAAAUGUGUUAGGUAUUGGAGGGUUGGAGGACCUGGUUUUAAAAUCAGCCACCUUGUCCAGCACGGUAGCCUGCCCAGCUUUCACCUCCAUGACCUUCGCUGCUGCACCAAUUGUCAGAGUUGCUGUGGAACCCAAACACUUGGCUGACAUGCCUGCUCUAGUGAUGGGAAUGAAGCUGUUGAACCAGGCGGAUCCCUGCGUGGAAGUCUUGGUGCAAGAAACCGGGGAACAUGUCAUAGUGGCCGCCGGUGAGGUCCACCUGGAACGUUGCCUUGACGACCUGAGAGAGAGAUUUGCCAAGAUUGAGAUCAACGUGUCCGAGCCAAUUGUUCCAUUCCGAGAAACAAUCAUCAUUCCCCCCAAGAUUGACAUGGUGAAUGAGGCUAUUGAUGACAUCAAUCAGAUCCAGCGCACUAGAUCCAACAUCAGCGAGCUGGAGAGUGAGAUAUCCAAAGAUGGAUCUCUGGACAUCAAGACCUCCAACAAGCUGAGCGCGUUCAAGCUCAGGGCAUGCCCCUUACCCGAGGAGGUGACCACCCUCUUGGAGGAGAACACGGAAUUGAUGAGGAUCCUAGACCAAGCUUCAGUGGCAUGGCUGUCCAGCAGAACCAGUGAGCAGGACACCAGCGACAGACUGACAUGCGAGGUUUUGUCCCAGCUGCAGGAGUUUCGGAAGCGUCUGGAUGCAGCAUUCACAAACGCUGGGAAGAGAUGGCGCGGGGCCACCGACCAGAUAUGGUCCUUUGGCCCAAAGCGGUGCGGCCCAAACAUGUUGCUAAACCGCAUCAGCGGGUACAAGCGGCCGUCAAUAUGGCAGUGCUUGGACGAGGAGGGAACCGUGGGGUCGACUGUUCUCAGGGAGUUUGACGGCAGUGUGGUGAGUGGAUUCCAGUUAGCUACCUUCGCAGGACCUCUGUGUGAGGAACCAAUGAUGGGGGUGUGCUUUGCAAUUGAAAACUGGACCUUGGAGGAGCAAUCAAACGGUGGAAAGUUCUUCAGCACUGCACAGAAAACAGGUGUAGACUUAAACGCAGACAAUCAAAGUAUACUCGAUUCAAACAAAGGUCCAAGAUCUGAAAAUGUUUCUGUACCCAACAGCACCGAUUCAGAACCUUACAUUGCAACAGUUCCUCUUGAUGUUGGAUACCCUUCCCCGUUAGUUCUUGCUAAAAGUCCAACAUCUGAUCGCAGUUCACCGUCGGUUGGAUCUCCAGAUGUCACCAGCCCUCUGCCACAGUUUGUGGGUCGAGGGUAUGGCCCUCUGUCCGGUCAGAUCAUAUCAACUGUGAAGGAGGGAUGCCGUAUAGCCUUCCAGAUUCAGCCCCAGAGACUCAUAGCAGCAAUGUACAAGUGUGAUAUCCAGGCGACUGCAGAUGUACUGGGUCGUGUGUACGGAGUGGUAUCCCGGAGAGAUGGCAGCAUACUGCGUGAGGAGAUGCGCGAGGGCUCGGCAGUGUUUGACAUCACCGCCACCCUGCCUGUUGCCGAGAGCUUUGGCUUUGCAGAGGAGAUUCGCAAGCGGACCAGUGGGCUGGCCAGCCCCCAGCUAUUCUUCAGUCAUUGGCAGGUGGUUCCUAGUGACCCUUUCUGGGAGCCCUCCACAGAGGAAGAGCUGCUUCAUUUUGGAGACAAGGCGGAAAACGAAAACCAGGCGCUCAAGUACAUGAACGGAAUUCGUCGUCGCAAGGGGCUGUACAUCGACAAGAAGACAGUGGAACAUGCUGAAAAACAAAGGACUUUGUCCAAGAACAAGUAGACUUUAGUACUUGAGGACCUCCAAGGCUGUGUUUGGCCAAGCGAUGAUCCUUCUAAUUAUAUCAGGCCUUGUUAAACGUCACUCCUUCUUACCAAAAGCUGUUUUAUGUCAAGUCAUUCCUGUCGGCAAUGUUCUAUAUUUCUUAAAAAUAAAAGAAACAAGCUUUUACUUUUCGUUAAGCAUGCAUUUGUGGCUGAUAAAUCUGAAUUCUCAUAGGAAGCAGCUUACAAUGCCCCUUACUUGAAGCCAGACAGUCAGAAGUUAUUUAUUUCAGAUGGUAAACUAUUGUUGCACCACAUCCAAUGUCUCACACAAAUAUGAAAAUAUUCAGUUCUGUAUUGGUUUGCAGGAUGUGAUAUGAAAAGUCCUCUGGAAACAGAGCAGUAUAUCCUAAAUGCAGUAUCCAAGAUUUAUUUUUCCUUCAAAAGAGUAUUGGAUCAACAAUAUCUAGAAAUUGAUAAUCUUUCAUUAUUUUUUUCCCCUUUGACUCCAAGCACCUCCAAAUUUUGUAAACAGGGGAAAAAAACAAAUGUACCAUUUACUUUACCUUACCACUUACUUUGUAAUUCUUGUGGUUGAAAAGAAGUAAAUACAAUGUGACUUGUCACAGUAUGUAUAUUUUGUCCUAUA